AUGGCAUCACUACCCAAAAUUUCUGCCACAUUAGGACCUUGCAAUGCCUCAAGAAUGAAGAUGAUGGAAACACGACCUUGCAUUGCCCAAUUAAACAAGAAGAAGAAGAAGAGUACUUGUUUCACCAACUUGGUUGACAAACACCAAAUUGGCAAGGCUACGUUGUUUCCAUUAGCAUUAGUGGGACAAAAUAGGCCCAAAAUAGAGUCAUGGAAAAACCCAAGUGAGAAAUGGAAAGUAUGGGCUGGGGAAAGUCCUGACUCGCUGCCACCUUCACCUAUACAGAACCUUGUGAAAGAUUUCUACCACGCCUUCAAUACCAAAAAUAUCGAGGAUUUGCAGCAGUUAAUUUCUGACGAUUGUGAGUACCAGGACUACCUCUUCUAUAGUCCCUGCAAAGGCAAGGCGAACGUGAUAAGGUUUUGGGAGAACGUGAUGAUAGCUAUGGGUGAAAAUAUAAAAAUUGCUUUGGGAGAUAUCAGAGUGGAAGAUGUGAAAGAGUCAAAACUUAUGGCUACUGUGUUUUGGCACUUGGGUACGUCACUUGUUUUCAUUUUGUGUCAAUUUAUUCACUUUGAUUAA